AUGUAUUUGGCUUAGAAAUAGAUGUACUCAUAACAUCCAUCUUAUACUAAUGGAUCAUCACAAAAUGUUAAAAAGAUGAUUGAGAACUUUUCAUAUGGACUUCAUUAAUAAAUUGGAAAAGGAUUCAGCAGUAAGGUCUAUAAAGGACAAAAUGAAGUCACAGGUGAGACAGUGGCUAUUAAGGUAAUCGACAAAGCCUUAUUGAAGACACCGUUGCAUCAUGCCUUAUUGCAAAGUGAAAUUGAGGCACUUAGUACUUUAGAUAGUCAAUAUAUAAUGAAAUUAUACAAAGUAUUUCAAACAUAAAAUAAUACUUACUUGAUUACAGAGUUUUGCGAAAAUGGCGAUUUGGGAAGCAAAUUAACUAAGAUUGGAAAAUUUCCAGAGCAACAAGCCCAAAACGUUAUAUUUGGAUUGGUGAAAGCCUAUAAAUUACUGAAAUAGAAUGGUAUAAUACAUAGGGACAUUAAACCUGCUAAUGUGUUAUUGUCAGGAUGUGGAACUCCAAAAUUAGCAGACUUUGGAUUUGCAACUACUCCUAAUUCUCCUCCAUUGUUACCUAAUGUUAAUGUUGGUAGUCCACUUUAUAUGAGUCCACAAGCCUUAAAAAACAAUAAAUAUUCUGAUAAAUCUGACAUUUGGGCUAUUGGAGUUUCAGCCUUCGAGAUAAUAUUUGGAUAAGUUCCUUGGUAGGCAACAAGUGAAAAGGAAUUAGGAUAGAAAAUGGUGAGUGUGCCUUUAACAUUCCCCUCAUCCACUAAAGUUAGUUAAGAAUGCAAGGAAUUCAUUAAACGUUGUUUAGUUGUAAAUGAAUAAGAAAGAGCAUCAAUAGAUGAACUAGAAAAGCAUCCUUGGAUAAGAGGACCUGAAUUAGCCUUCUAAGUUAAUAAAUAACCAGCCUUAUUGAAAUAAAAAACUUUAGAACAACCAAAGGAAGGCAAAGAAAAUAGUGCCAAAAAAUUACCUGGAGAUUCUAUUCAUAGAAGCGGAAAGAAGCACACUACUCAAAUUACCAAACCUUUAGGAUAAUAAUCAAAAUAAACUGAAACCAGUUCUUUUGAAAUCAAAAGUAACACUUCCAACAUUGAAUACACUAUCAUGUCUCAAAUCAAUUUUUGCAAGUAUUUAUUUAGAGUUGCGAAUUUGAUUGAAAGUACUAAUCUUUUUAGAUCUGAAUUAAUAAGGGACAAGUUAUUAUUCUUUGCUAUUAAAAAUAUCAUGAUCAAAAUGUAUAAACUUAAAGACAUUGAUUCCAAUUCUCUUGAUAUUUAAGGAUUUGAUGCAUACAAGACUUCAAGUUAGUUUUAAUAAACAUAAAUUACUAUUUAGUAACAUUUUACUAAGUACUAAUCUUACUUUAAAAAUAUUUGGUCCAUGCUAUAAUCCAAUAAAAAUGAGUUGUCGAUUGACAAAAAGUUUGAUGCUGUUUUUGAUGAAAAUUUCACUGAAUUCGAAUCAUUUUAUAUCAUCUUUAAUUCUGUAUUGCGUCAAGCAAUUAAGGAAUUACAAAAGGAAAUUGAUAAAAAAUUAGGCUCAGAUGACUUAUCCAAAAGUCUACCCGUCGAUAUGGAAAAAGAUGUGGUGUUAUUGGAUUACUUAGUCACAUACUUUUAAUUAUCUCAAUUGACAUUGGAAACCUUUAAUAAACCUUAUGAAUUCGCAUAGAAAUCAAAAAUAGAACAUAUUGCAGAAGGCAGCCCUGUCAGAUUGACAUAUGGACACUUUAUUGAAAUCAAAAAUAAAAUGAGUGACUUAGAAGUUUGA